ACCGUCACGUAAUUUGAAGAAAACUAAUAUGGCGGCUGUCUCUUCUACAUCAUUAUCAUUUUGGUGACAUGUGUUAAAAGGCUUUAUUAAGAAAUAUUUAUAUCUUAUUAUUGAAAGAAAGUACAAGGAGGCGUAAACGCUAUUCGAGAUUUUACGGCAGACGCUUGAAACAGUAAAAUGCCGGUCGUAGCGGGAUCACCCUAUCAACAAAAUACUUCAUGUUGGGAUAGAAUGAAAAUGAAUAUGCUGGUAGGUUUUUGCGUCGGCAUAGCCACCGGUGCUCUGUUUGGGGGAUAUGUGUCUCUCAGGUACGGAUUAAGAGGAAGACAAUUGAUAAACAGUGUUGGGAAAACAAUGAUUCAAAGCGGUACAACAUUCGGUACAUUUAUGGGCAUAGGGACUGCGAUACGAUGUUAAUAAAAGCUAUUAUGUUCAUCACUUAAGGCGUACAGGAUUGUAGUCCAAUAUUACGUUGUUCAUUUCUUAAUAAAAUGUUUAUGAAGACA